UCGGAAACGUCUUACAGUAUAACGCCCGAAACGAUAUCGGAACUGUGUCAGUCAGUGACGGGCCGGAGCGGAAAGGAUUGAGCUUGUGAUUGAAUUGUACGAGUAACUGUUGACCCAGCAACCGAUAUUUUUGUAUUAUCGAUAAGGUGAUUCAUCACCGUGGUCGUGCAUUCGGCGACGUAGCAGUGCGCAACACCGUUGUUUAUCGAUUCAGCCAGCGACAAAUUGUCAUCUUGCCACACCCUACAGCUUCGUGGCCAUUUUGGACACGACGACAGUCGGUGGGCUCCUACCUACUGCUGUCUCUCAAUCAUGGAUCAAAUCACGCCCAAGGAGGUGAAGAUCCUCGAGAAUCCCGAAGAUAUUCAGGAUAGGCGAGAGCAGGUGUUGCGACGAUAUGCCAACUUUAAGGUGGAGGCGCGUAACAAGCGCGAAAGGCUUGAGGACUCCCGUCGCUUUCAGUAUUUUAAGCGAGACGCGGACGAACUCGAGGGGUGGAUCUAUGAAAAACUCCAGGCAGCUUCCGAUGAGAGCUAUAAAGAUCCGACUAAUCUGCAGGCAAAGAUCCAAAAGCACCAGGCUUUUGAGGCUGAAGUCGCAGCUCAUUCAAACGCCAUCGUGCAGCUUGAUAAUACUGGCUCAGAAAUGAUAGCUCAACAUCAUUUUGACAGUGAUACAAUUCGCAAGAGAUUAGAGGACCUUCAUCGUCUAUGGGAGUUGCUGUUAUCCCGGCUGGCUGAUAAAGGCUUGAAGUUACAGCAGGCCUUGGUGCUUGUACAGUUCAUUCGCCAUUGCGAUGAGGUGAUGUUCUGGAUUCACGAUAAGGAGGCUUUCGUAACGACCGACGAAUUCGGGCACGACUUGGAGCAUGUGGAGGUGCUCCAAAGGAAAUUCGACGAGUUCCAGAAGGACAUGGCGAGCCAAGAGUACAGAGUCACGGAGGUGAACGAGAUGGCGGAUAAGUUGCUGUUGGACGGCCAUCCCGAGCGCGACACUAUCCUGCGCAGGAAAGAGGAGCUCAACGAAUCCUGGCAACGAUUGAAGCAACUGGCGAUACUACGACAGGAGAAGCUCUUCGGAGCGCAUGAGAUUCAGAGAUUCAACCGGGACGCCGACGAGACCAUGGCUUGGAUCGCCGAGAAGGACGUGGUGCUGUCGUACGACGACUUCGGCCGGGACCUCGCGAGCGUGCAGACCCUGCAAAGAAAACACGAAGGCAUCGAACGCGACUUGGCCGCUCUCGAGGAUAAAGUGUACACGUUAGGGGCAGAGGCGGAUCGUCUAGCCGCGAUUCAUCAGGCAGACCACUCCAAGCAAAUUCAAGCCAAACGCGCCGAGAUCCUGCAGUCAUGGGAAAGCCUGACGGCAAAGGCGAAGGAGCGUCGCCUGAAACUCGAUGAGUCUUACUACCUGCAUCGCUUCUUGGCUGAUUACCGCGACCUGGUAUCGUGGAUGAACGACAUGCGCGCCAUCAUCUCCGCGGAUGAGCUGGCCAAGGACGUGGCCGGCGCUGAGGCCUUGGUCGACAGACAUCAAGAGCACAAGGGCGAGAUCGACGCCAGAGCGGACAGCUUCGACGCCACCACAUUGGCCGGCAACAAGCUCUUGGAGAAGAAACAUUACGCCGCCGAGGAAGUGGCGCGCAAACUGAGCUCCCUCGCUGAGGACAAAUCUUCUCUCUUGAGCCUGUGGGAGAAGAGACGCAUCUUGUACGAGCAGUGUGUAGAUCUGCAGUUGUUCUAUCGCGACACUGAACAGGCCGACGCGUGGAUGGCCAAGCAAGAAGCGUUUCUGGCGAACGAAGACUUGGGAGAUUCUCUGGACAGCGUGGAGGCGCUCAUCAAGAAGCACGAGGACUUUGACAAAUCGCUAGCGGCUCAAGAGGAGAAAAUCAAGGUACUUGACGACUUCGCCGGGAAAUUAAUCGAAGGCGAGCACUACGCCGCGGACGACGUGGCGCAACGACGGCAGCUGCUACUGGAACGGCGAGCAGUUCUGUUGGAAAAGUCCGCCCAGAGACGUCGUCGGCUGGAGGACGCGUACAAGCUGCAGCAGUUUGAGCGAGACUGCGACGAGACGAAGGGCUGGGUGAACGAGAAGCUCAAGUUCGCCACCGACGACAGUUACCUGGACCCGACGAAUCUGAACGGCAAGGUCCAGAAGCAUCAGAACUUCGAGCAGGAACUGAACGCCAAUAAGACGCGCAUGGAGGAGAUGGUCGCCACUGGUCAAGAGCUGAUCGACAGCGACCACUACGCCAGCGAUCGCAUUCGCACCCGCACCGAUGAGAUCGUGACGCUAUGGGAGAGCUUGGCGCGAGCUACCGAGAAGAAGGGUGCCAAGUUGCAGGAAGCUUCUCAACAGCAGCAGUUCAACCGGACGGUGGAGGACAUCGAGUUGUGGCUGUCCGAAGUGGAAGGGCAGCUCAUGUCAGAGGAUUACGGCAAGGACUUGACUAGCGUGCAGAAUCUACAGAAGAAACAUGCACUCUUGGAAGCGGACGUAGGUUCACACUCCGACAGGAUCGACGGUAUCACUCAGGCGGCCGAGCAGUUCGUCAAGUCUGGUCACUUCGACGCCGACAACAUCAGGUCCAAGCAGGAACAAUUGCAGGCCAGGUACGCCGCUCUGCAGCGUCCCAUGAGCCUGCGGAAGCAACGACUACUAGACUCUCUUCAGGUGCAACAGCUGUUCCGCGACAUCGAAGAUGAGGAGGCAUGGAUUCGUGAGAAGGAACCGGUCGCGGCAUCUACCAAUCGCGGUCGCGAUCUGAUCGGUGUGCAGAAUCUGCAGAAGAAGCAUCAGGCUGUCCUGGCGGAGAUCAACAAUCAUGAGCCGAGGGUGGCUGCAGUGUGCCAAGCGGGUUCAGCGAUGCUGCAAGACGGACACUUCGCUGCCGAAGAGAUCAGUCAGCGGCUCGCGGCCUUGGACGAGCACUGGGGCCAGCUGAAAGACAAGGCGCGCCAACGCAAGAACGAUCUGGACGAUUCUCUUCAGGCGCAUCAGUAUUUCGCUGAUGCGAACGAGGCCGAGUCGUGGAUGAAGGAGAAACGGCCGAUAGUGAUGAACGGUGAUUACGGCAAGGACGAGGACAGCUCGGAAGCUUUGCUGAAGAAGCAUGAGGCUCUGGUGAGCGAUCUGGAAGCGUUCGCGAGCACGAUCGCGGCGUUGAGGGACCAAGCCGCGGCCUGUAGACAGCAGGAGACGCCCACAGUCGACAUCACCGGCAAGGAGUGCGUAGUUGCACUUUACGAUUAUACGGAGAAGUCACCCAGGGAGGUGUCCAUGAAGAAGGGCGAUACCUUGACUCUCUUGAACUCCAACAACAAAGACUGGUGGAAGGUCGAGGUGAACGAUCGCCAAGGCUUCGUGCCAGCAGCAUACGUGAAGCGCGUGGAACCCGAAGCGGGCCUGAGCGCAUCCCAGCAGAACUUGGCGAGAGAACAGAGCUCCAUCGCCGCGCGACAAGCACAGAUCGAGGCGCAGUACGACGAUCUGCUGCGCCUGGCGCGCGAACGGCAGAACAAGCUGAACGAAACCGCCAAGGCUUACGUGCUGGUGAGAGAGGCGGCGGAAUUGGCCACCUGGAUCAAAGACAAAGAGAAUCACGCUCAAGUGCAGGACGUGGGCGAGGACUUGGAGCAGGUGGAGGUCAUGCAGAAGAAGUUCGACGACUUCCAGGCGGACCUGAAAGCGAACGAGGUGCGCUUAGCUGAGAUGAACGAGAUCGCCGUGCAGCUGAUGAGUCUCGGCCAGACCGAGGCGGCGUUGAAGAUACAAACGCAGAUCCAGGACCUGAACGAGAAGUGGACCAGCCUGCAGACGCUCACCGCCGAACGCGCUAACCAGCUGGGCUCUGCGCACGAGGUGCAGCGCUUCCAUCGCGACGUCGACGAGACGAAGGACUGGAUUCGCGAGAAAGACGCGGCGCUGAACAACGACGACCUCGGCAAGGAUCUGCGCAGCGUGCAAGCUCUGCAGCGCAAGCACGAGGGUCUCGAGAGAGACCUGGCCGCAUUGGGCGACAAAAUCAAGCAGUUGGACGAGACAGCUAACCGUCUGAUGCAGUCGCAUCCAGAGACCGCCGAGCAAACAUACGCGAAGCAGAAGGAGAUCAACGAGGAGUGGACUCAGCUGACCGCCAAGGCCAACAGCAGGAAGGAGAAGCUUCUAGACUCCUACGAUCUGCAGCGAUUCCUCAGCGAUUAUCGCGACCUAAUGGCUUGGAUCAACUCGAUGAUGGGCCUGGUCGCCUCCGAGGAACUCGCUUCGGACGUCACGGGCGCCGAGGCGCUGCUCGAACGUCACCAGGAACACCGAAUGGAGAUAGACGCCAGAGCUGGCACCUUCCAGGCGUUUGAGCUGUUCGGUCAACAGCUGCUGCAGUCCAGCCAUUACGCUAGCGUGGAGAUACUGGAGAAGCUCGAGUCCAUGGCUGAGGCGCGGCAAGAGCUGGAGAAGGCUUGGAUCCAACGACGCAUGCAGCUCGACCAGAAUCUCGAGCUGCAGCUGUUUUGCAGGGACUGCGAGCAGGCGGAGAAUUGGAUGAGCGCACGAGAAGCUUUCCUCAGCAGCGCGGACGCGGUUGACAGUAGCGACAACGUGGAGGCUCUCAUCAAGAAACACGAAGAUUUCGAUAAGGCAAUCAACGCUCACGAGGAGAAGAUCGCCACUUUGCAGACUCUGGCUGAUCAGUUGAUCGCCGCCGAGCACUACGCUGCCAAGCCUAUCGAUGAGAGACGCUGCCAGGUGCUGGAUCGUUGGCGACACCUUAAGGACGCUCUUAUCGAGAAGCGCUCCAAGUUGGGCGAGUCUCAGACGUUGCAGCAGUUCUCCAGAGACGCCGACGAGAUGGAGAAUUGGAUCGCCGAGAAGCUUCAGCUGGCGACCGAGGAAAAUUACAAAGACCCUGCCAAUAUACAGUCGAAGCAUCAGAAGCACCAAGCUUUCGAGGCCGAAUUGGCGGCCAACGCGGAUCGUAUUCAAUCAGUGCUCGCUAUGGGAGGUAACCUGGUCGAGAAGCAUCAGUGUGCCGGCUCGGAGGACGCUGUUCUCAAGAGACUGGCAUCUAUCGCCGACCAAUGGGAGUAUCUCACGCAGAAGACCACCGAGAAGUCGAUGAAGCUGAAGGAAGCCAACAAGCAACGCACCUACAUCGCCGCUGUGAAGGAUCUUGAUUUCUGGCUCGGUGAGGUCGAGAGCUUGCUCACGUCUGAGGACGCCGGUAAGGAUCUGGCGUCGGUGCAAAACCUCAUGAAGAAACACAAGCUCGUCGAGGCGGACAUACAGGCGCACGAGGAGAGAAUCAAGGACAUGAACGCUCAGGCCGAUUCGCUGAUCGAGAGCGGUCAGUUCGACGCCGCCGGCAUUCAGGAGAAGCGACAGAGUAUAAAUGAGCGUUACGAACGCAUCAGGAACUUGGCGGCGCACCGACAAGCGAGACUCAACGAGGCCAAUACCUUGCAUCAGUUCUUCCGCGAUAUUGCCGACGAGGAGUCUUGGAUCAAGGAGAAGAAGCUUCUCGUUGGGUCAGACGACUAUGGUCGUGAUCUUACCGGCGUGCAAAACUUAAAGAAGAAGCACAAGAGACUGGAGGCUGAACUCGGUAGUCACGAGCCAGCCAUACAGGCUGUCCAGGAAGCCGGGGAGAAACUCAUGGACGUUUCCAACUUGGGAGUACCCGAAAUCGAGCAGCGUCUGAAGCUUCUCAAUCAGGCAUGGGCGGAGCUGAAGCAGUUGGCAGCCACUCGAGGACAGAAGCUGGACGAGUCUCUGACGUACCAACAAUUCCUCGCCAAGGUCGAGGAGGAGGAGGCGUGGAUCACCGAGAAGCAGCAGUUACUGUCUGUUGAGGAUUACGGUGACACGAUGGCUGCUGUACAAGGUCUAUUAAAGAAGCACGACGCGUUUGAGACCGACUUCGCCGCACACGGAGAGCGUUGUAAGGAUAUCUGCGAGGCCGGCGAGGCGCUGAUCAAGGCCGGUAAUCAUCGGGCGGACGCGAUCGGCCAGAGGUGCGAUCAGCUACGCAACAAACUGGAACAACUGGGAGCGCUCGCGGCGCGCAGAAAGACCCGCUUGAACGACAACUCCGCUUACCUGCAGUUUAUGUGGAAGGCUGACGUGGUAGAGUCGUGGAUUGCCGACAAGGAGACUCACGUGCGCUCCGAGGAAUUCGGCCGGGAUCUCUCGACUGUGCAAACCCUGCUGACCAAGCAGGAGACCUUCGAUGCCGGUCUUCACGCGUUCGAGCACGAGGGUAUCCAGAACAUCACCUCGUUGAAGGAGAUGCUCGUCGAGUCCGGUCACGAUCAGACUCCUAGUAUCCAGAAGCGCCACGGGGACGUCAUCAUUCGCUGGCAGAAGCUUCUGGCCGACUCGGACGCGAGGAAGCAGCGCCUGUUGAGAAUGCAGGAUCAGUUCCGGCAGAUCGAAGAGCUGUAUCUGACAUUCGCGAAGAAAGCUUCCGCCUUCAAUUCUUGGUUCGAGAACGCCGAGGAGGAUCUCACGGAUCCCGUACGUUGUAACAGCAUCGAAGAGAUUCGCGCCCUCCGAGAGGCACACGCGCAGUUCCAGGCAAGCUUGUCCUCGGCUGAGGCUGACUUCCAAGCGUUAGCCGCCCUCGACAGGCAGAUUAAGAGCUUCAAUGUUGGCCCGAAUCCGUACACGUGGUUCACAAUGGAGGCAUUGGAGGAUACUUGGCGUAACUUGCAGAAGAUCAUCAAGGAGCGCGACGUCGAACUAGCCAAAGAAGCGCAACGGCAAGAAGAGAAUGAUAAAUUGCGCAAGGAAUUCGCCAAGCAUGCCAACGCGUUCCAUCAGUGGCUCGCGGAAACAAGGACAUCUAUGAUGGAAGGAUCCGGGUCUCUGGAACAGCAACUGGAAGCCACUAAGCGAAAGACUCAAGAAGUGCGCGCACGUCGUCAAGAUCUGAAGAAGAUCGAAGACUUGGGAGCCAUCCUGGAGGAACAUCUGAUCUUGGACAAUCGUUACACGGAGCACAGUACAGUGGGCUUGGCGCAGCAGUGGGAUCAGUUGGACCAGCUGGGAAUGCGCAUGCAGCACAACCUGGAGCAACAGAUUCAAGCUCGAAACCAGUCUGGUGUGUCCGAGGACGCGCUUAAAGAAUUCUCCAUGAUGUUCAAGCACUUCGACAAGGAUAAGAGCGGUCGUCUGAAUCAUCAAGAAUUCAAGUCAUGCCUGAGAGCUCUGGGUUACGAUCUGCCCAUGAUGGAAGAGGGACAACCUGAUCCGGAAUUCGAGAACAUAUUAGACAUUGUGGAUCCGAACAGGGACGGUUACGUAUCGUUGCAAGAAUACAUGGCGUUUAUGAUCAGCAAGGAAACGGAGAAUGUGCAGAGCUCGGAGGAAAUAGAGAACGCUUUCCGUGCCAUCACCGCGGCAGAUCGGCCGUAUGUCACGAAGGAGGAAUUAUAUGCCAACCUCACGAAGGAGAUGGCCGAUUAUUGUGUCGCUCGCAUGAAACCUUACGUAGAUCCCAAGUCGGAACGACCGAUAACGGCAGCAUUGGACUAUAUAGAAUUUACACGUACUCUUUUCCAAAACUAAUCGCAUAUAUAUAUAUAUAUAUAUAUAUAUAUAUACACAUAUCUAUUAUUAUUCCCUUUUCAAGCUUAUUAAAUUAUAACCGCAUAAACGAUACAGGAUAUCGCAUUUUUCUUUCGGAGAAACUGAGACUAUGUUUUUCAACAUUUCUAUUAAUAUAUUGUUAACAUAUUAAUAUAUUAUCGCUUUUAGAAUAUCGACAUUCAAAAAAUUUCGCCGCACAUAUAUCAACUGGUUGAUGCAAAAACUCGCUGCGCAGCUUGUUUUUCAACUAUCACGCAAAUAUAUGAAAUGUAAACUUUCUUUUUCAUGGAAAAUUGUGAUGUUUUUAUCUUUUUUAUGAAUAGGGGUACGCGAAAAUUAUAUAUGAAAUAAAGAUUGCAGCAAUAUAUCACUUGAA